AUGGCCCGUGUGGAGGUGCCGCUGUCGGAGGAGGGCCAGCGCGGGCGGCUGGUGCGCGCGGACUGGACCUGUUACGCCGUCGGUAUCGGCGGAUAUAAAGCACGCGUUUUGGACAGGACGGGGCCGGCUGCCUCCGACCCGCCCGCUGCCCCGCCCUCCCAGCCUGCCCCGCCACCCUACCACCCAUCCUGCUCCUCCCAUGUGUCCUCUCUGAGCAACUUCAGCAUCACAGGGACCCUCCCAGACCCCAGCACGACUGCAGCCAUCCCCUGGUACGACAUGAGCCUCCCCACGCGCAGGGGUCCCACAGGCUGCACGGGGCGGCCCCCUCACAUCCGCUCCCUCAGCGACAGCAGGGACAGUGGGUACCCACACUCCUACGCCUCGGUCAGGAGGAGAACACAGAGUGUGGGGGUGGGGACGCACGCUGAUGAAGAGGACGAAGAGGAGGACGAAGACGAGGACGGAGGCUCGGAAGAGGAAGGAGCAGAGGAGGAGGACGAGGACGAGGCAGAGGAGAGGGACAGAGAGAGGGACACACUAUACCACCGGCACUUCCUCUACCCCCCACCCUCUCCCCUGGGACCCCCGCCCGACCCCGACCAAGACCUGGAUCUCAUUGACCAGGGCUCAUACUGCGGUGUGGAGACUGCCGCGGCGUCAGCGGCCGUGCGCCGGCGUCUGGCUCACUUCUUGCGUGCGGCGGACAGCAGUAUGCAGCGGCGUUUGGCCAAAGUGAGCACGGAGCUGGCCCAGACGGACACAGAACUACUGUGUGAACGCGCUCACUCCCAGCACCUGGCCCAGGAGCGACGCGAGGUGGCCCAGAGGCAGCGCUCCCUCAGCAGGCAGGUGGACGUGGCUGUCAUGGUGAUCGCCGCACUGAGGGAGCAGAUCAACGCCUCCGAGAAUGAACUCGAGCGGAGAGAGAGGGAGGUGAUCACCAUACAGAAAUUCUUGGAGGCAGCAGCGAGGCAGGAGACGAGUGGCAAAGUCCGAAUACAGCACUUUAUCGAGAACUUGCUCAGUCGCAUUGCUCUGGCAGAGAAACUAGUAGAGUAUUACCAGGUGAACGGCAGCCCUCCACAGUACAACCACUACCAGCAGCACCAACCAGCUACGAGUAAUGGACCUCAUAGAAUCACUAAAAGCAAGUCUGCCGGGGGCCCUCUGUCCUCGGGCUUCCCUGACAGCAGGAGCCAGUGCCAGGGGCACAUGUGCAGAGGGCCUGGGCCUAAAGCCUGUGUGGAGAGGGACCUGGAGAGAGAGCACCGUGAGAGGCUCGCCCACUCCUCCAGGCUCUUCUGCAGACCCGAGCACAGGGACGGCAUCUGGAACUACCAGAGGAGGCGCUCUGCCGGGUAUGAGGCGUAG